AUGGCAGGUGCCGGGGGCGCAGAUUUAGUCGGGAGGGCGACGUUGAUGCAGAUGAGCGAGUUGAGUAGGCGGGCCGGGGGUUGGAACGCGGCGGGUGAUGCGAGGGCGGAUGCGUUGGCGAGGAUUGAGGAGUUGCAUAGGGAGAGGGUUGGGUUGGGGGAGUGGGGUGGUUCGAGUGCUGGUAGUCAGCAGCAACAACAGCAUCAGCAACAGCAGCAGCAACAACAGCAGCAACAGAGGAGACGAACGAGUAUGCCUGAACCUAUGGGCCCUCCUCCUCCUCCGCCCACCAACACAAGCACAUCGUCUUCCUCCUACUCGGGCUGGCCGCUCUCCUCUGUCCCCAUGUCUGUAUCUGAUGGGAACGGGAGCGGGGCAGUCUCAGAAGCGUCAUCGCACGAGGGACUGCAAGUGUAUACCGUCGGUCACCUCAUGCCCCGGGAUAUGGAUCCCGCCUUUUCCGGAAAAGCCGCUGCGGGGGAUGGGGGGUGGACGUUUGAUGCGGGUGGGAUGGGGGGUGUUGCUCCACCACCACCACCACAACAACAGCAGCAGAGGCAACAGGAAGAAGGGGAAUAUAUGCCGACAAAUGGGGAAGAAGAAGUCGUCCGUCCGUCGCCUCAAAACCCCUCUUCCUCCUCCUCCCCCAUCCCUGCUGCGUCUUCCUCAUCACCACAGUCACAGCGGACCCUCCGCGUGCGCCGGUCGACGUUCGUACCCGGGUGGGCUGUACCACCCAGGGUGUUACUUGUGGAUGAUGAUGCUGUUACGAGGACGCUGAGUAAGAAGUUCUUGCAGGUUUUCGGGUGUACGACGGAUAUUGCUGUUGAUGGUGUUGGGGCGGUGACGAAGAUGAAUUUGGAAAAGUAUGAUUUGGUGUUGAUGGACAUCGUGAUGCCCAAGUUAGACGGGGUAGCUGCUACCUCGCUCAUUCGGAAAUUCGACCAGGGGACUCCGAUCAUUUCGAUGACGAGUAAUUCAAAACCGAAUGAGAUUAUGACUUAUUAUAACCACGGCAUGAACGAUAUCCUGCCAAAACCAUUCACAAAAGAAGGGUUGCUCGAUAUGCUCGAGAAACACCUCAUGCACCUCAAAGUAAUCCAACAAAUGUCACGCAUCCCAAGACCAAUGGGCGCUCUUCCCGACACGACGACGAACUACGAUCAAGCUUUAACUCUUGCCAAUCCCUCUUCCUCCUCUGCCUCCCCCUCCUCCACUUCCGCUACCGCCACCUCUUCAGGAGAUAACAACAACCCCGGCUGGGUAUUCAACCUCGGAGUCGGAGGAGAAGGUGACGAAGGCCGGAUUAACCCGUUGGCUGCUAUGGGGUUGUCGGAUGAGAGUUAUCAGACGAUGGUGCAGAAUUUGAUUAGUGCAGAGAGUUUUGUGGAGAUGGGUGGGUUGGCGGGGGGAGGUGGUGGGGGAGGUGAGGGAUUGAAGAGGGCGUUUGUUGAGGAGGAGGGUGGGGAUGGGGAUGUUGGGAGUGAGGAUGGGAGGGGGGGCAAGAGGAGUCGGUUUGAGGUUGUUGAGUGA